AUGUCUGAUAUUUUAUAUUUUACAGAAGAAAAUAAAGAAAAUGAAAAUUAUUAUACACAAGAUAUAUUAAAUAAUUCUUUAAAUAAUUCUUUAUCAAAUAAUUCUUUAAAUAAUUCUUUAUCAGAUAAUUCUUUAAAUAAUUCUUUACCAAAUAAUUCUUUAUUAGAAAUAAUAUCAAAUAGAACAAAUCAAAAAAAAAGAAAUCAUGUUGGAGGUAAAAAAAUAGGAGAAAUAUGGAAUUAUUUUAAAAAAGGUGCAGAUUUAGGGAAGGGAAAUUAUGAAGCAGAAUACAAUUGGUGUAAUGAAAAAUGGUCAAGAGGAUGUUCAAAAGAUAUGAAAAUUCAUUUAGCUAGAAAUUGUGAAAAGCAUUUUGAUAAUACUACUUCCAUACCUAUUACAAAAUCAAAUAAAAUUGAUCAAGUACUUAUUAAAGCAUGGGUUUAUCUUGAUGGAUGGACUUUUUCAAGACAUGAUUCAAUUUAUAAUUAUAUUGUUACUACAUCAACAAGAAAAGAAUAUCUCAUCAAGCUUAAAAAUUAUAAUAUAGAAAAACAAACUGGUAUAUUUAUGGUAAAAGAAAUUCAAAAAAUAAUGCAAAAUAUUGAAAUAGAAAAAUUUAUAGCAGUUGUAACUGAUCAUAGAGCAAAUUUAAGAGUUGUUCGACGAAUUAUACAUGAAAAAUAUCUUUUUAUUCUUGAUUUAAGAUGCAUGGCACAUGUAAUUAAUUUGGUUGCUUCAGAUUUUGCUAAAAUAAAUUCAGUAAAAAAAAUUAUUUUCAAUUGUAAUAGUAUUAUUAGAUUUUUUAAAAAUUUACAUGCUACUCAUGAUUAUUAUAAAAAACAAUUAAAUAUAAUGAAAAUUAAAGGUGAAAUUCAAUCUUAUUGUAAAACAAGAUGA